GACGGGUUUGUGGGACGGGAGACGGGUUUAGAGCUUCCUGCCUGACGCCGGUAUGUGGUCCAACAGGUUUGAGAGGUGGCGUUUCUCACCGCAGCUCUUUCCAUCCGGGAGUGUAAAAACUCGGGACACUGGAGUGUCACAUGAAGUGAGUUAUUGCUCCCAUGUUUGUGGGGUCCGGAGGAGUUUUAACGGGUUGGUCAAGCAUCGGUUGUGGACAGUUUCCUCUGCGAUGGCAGCCGUGUCAGCUGUGUGGGUCGCCGUGCUGUCCCUGCUGCCGACGGCCCGUUGUGCUGUCACCCACGGGCGCUCCGCAGGUGAGCCGGUGUUUGUGGACGAGCCCCGGGCAGCAUCCUUCCUGUCGCGCUCGCUGCUCUACAACAACUGGGACUUUGAGCUGGUGGUGUCUGGAAACCUGGAGAGGGAGUGUCUGGAGGAGCUGUGCAGCUACGAGGAGGCCCGGGAGAUCUACGAGGACGACCUGAAGACGCAAGCAUUUUGGAAAGAUUAUGUCAACAGUCAAGAAAACACCCCCAGAGUGGACGUGUCGGGGCUGGUGGCCGGGAUCAUGGCUAUCGUGGUGUCGGCCGUCAUCGCCACCGUGCUGGGAAUCUACUUCUGCAGCAAGAAGAAAAACAGGAGGAGACCAGUUCACGCUCCAGUGAGGAUGGCGGGAGAUGGACGUCCAGGCCCGGAGGUGGUGCCCCUAACUAAUAUCACUGCUCCACCGCUCCCCAGCUACAACGAUGCACUAAACCGCAGUGGGAUGCACGACGCCCCCCCGCCGCCGUAUUCAGGGGGCGCGCCGUCAGAGCCUGCCGACCCCGGAGACCCUGGAGACCCACGAGACCCCUGACCGGACCUUCCCCACUCCUGACGGCACCGCUGGUUCAACCAAAGCUCUCAUUAACUGAUGAGGUUCAAACACACCUGAUGUCUGGCAUCUUAAGUUGAUCUAAAACAGAUCAAACACCAGGAUAACCAGAAACUAAAAUGACUCCGGACAUUUUUUUCAUCUAAAUUGCCAAACCUGUACGUUAUAAAGCUGUGCAAAAGGACUUCUUUAAAUUAAACAUUAAACAUUAAACAAAUAUGACCUCAGAUGAACAACUGUGAUAAUAUACAAGGCUUACAACAACUUACUUCCGGGCUGCAUGCAGGAACUGUUCAAGCCAAGAGAGGGCAAACACGACCUCAGGGGAACAGCAAUGUUUGACACAACAACAGUUAGAACAAAUACAAAGGGCAGAUGUAAAACUGUGGAACUCAUUAGAUAAUGACCUUAAACUAGCAAAUUCAAUAAAAGCAUACAAGAUAUUAUUCAAAGCAAAGGUAAUGGACACAUAUAUAGAAACACAAUAAGCAAACAAAGAAGAAUGCACACAUGCAUGAGAUAAAAUGACAACCUAAAUUGGUUUUGCCGGUUUCCUUAGCAUCUUUUCACUUUCUGUUUUCAGAGCUAUCAUUAUUA